UUUAGAUAAAAAUAAUUAUCGCUUAAACAUGAUACCAGAAUUAUGGUUAGUCGGCAAUAUCGUUACUGUAAGGCUUACGAAGAUACAUCUUGAUAAAUAUAAACAUUUAUUACAAUGGAAGCCAAGCGAAUCAAUCUUGGAGUUCGGAUGCGGCGAUGGACAAGUUUCGGAACAACUUUUGCUGCCUGUUCUUCCAAAAGAUUACAAAGAGUACGUGGCGAUGGAUAAUUCUAAAGAAAUGCUUGACCACUUCAAACAGCAUGUUAAUAUUCCUAGGUUACAAGCAGUGCACAGGGACAUUUCUACCAAACCUUUAGAAACCUGCUGGCGAAACAGAUUCGACCAUGUUUUUGGGUUGUUUGUGAUGCAUAUGGUGCAAAAUCCCAGGUUAGCCAUGGAAAAUAUCCAUAGCAUGCUGAAACCAGGUGGACAAGCGUUAUUGACGUUUUUUGAACGUAUGCCGAUACAUAAAACAUUCGAAGCGCUUGAAAAACAUCCAAAAUGGGGAAAAUAUGGCACGUUCUUAUCAAAUUAUAAUACUCAUCCAAAUCCAAAACUUGAGUACGAAAGGGAUAUUAAGGCAGCAGGUUUUAAGAAUUAUGUUAUACAUGAAGAAGAGCCGGUCGGAUGUACAUUUGACGAUGAAGAAUCCUGUAAAAAGUUAUACAUAGCUGUAAACAAAGUCCUGCCAAAAAUUCCCGACGAAGAAAAGGAUGAGUACAUCAAAUAUUAUUUAGAAGAAGCAGAAAGACAAGGUUAUCCCCUUGUGUUUAAUGAGGAAAACGGAAAAAGAGUACCAACUUUAUUUGUCAAAAUGUUAGUCGUUCUUGCAACGAAAACGUAA